UUCUGAAUAAUUGAGUUUAAUUUAUGGAAAAACAGCUGACUUUAAGUUGUACACUUUUUAACAAGUCCACACACCUUCAUGCCGAUCCAGUAAAAAAAAAAUGCUUCUUGAAAUGGAACGCAUCCCAGUAUGCGAUAUCGUUUCCUUUACGUACAAGUCCAAAUUUCAUGCUGGAAAGUUUUAAAAAAUCAAGUUUGCUUCUUGAACACAUAGCAACUCCCAUUUAAAAUAAAAUAAGACAUGGAGUUUUACGAUUAUUUCACCGAUCUGGGCGAAAUCAUCAUCCCCGAGAUUCUCGACAGCAGCGAAAUCAACAACACGGUGAUCGAAAAUUUGAGAGAGAUGAAGGGCAAGUUUAUGGUGGGUUUUAUGAUAGAAGUGGCCCUCAAUCCUACCUUGGUGGUGCAGGAGCCGUCGGAUGUGGAACAGGUGAUGACCCAGGAUGAGAUAAGGAAAGUUUAUGCUCUUAAUUUCUUCAAGAACCGCAAGCUGAAGUAUAAGCAACUGAUCCAUUCCCUGGCCGAAGAGCAGACGGACGGCAUGAAGAAUCUAAAAGACAAAUUCCUCAACGACCUCAACUCUCUGAGCUCCACGAGGGACAUGGAUACGGACGAGGAGGCUUACCAAGCGCUCAAGAACCACCUGACCAUGGUGCAGAAAAGGCUCAUCUCCAUUGAGAAGCGGAACGAGGCGGUCCAGCUCGAGUUCGAGAAGAAGCUGGCCCGUCUGAAGUACGUCGACAAGAAAAACACAGAACUGGAGAAGCUCUACCUCAACCCUGUCAUAGAGGCGCACAACAAGCUUAAAGGAGGUGAGUCUCUCAACGAUGAAGAGACGAUGCAGGUCAUCUACGCCAAGUGGAAAGGGCUUAACGUUCGACUGAGACGAACCCUGAAAAAAGUCCACCAGCACUACCUAAACUUGUUCUGCAAACGCAAUUUAGCCUUCAGUUUCUUGGUGAAGCAGGUCGGGAACCGGGAAAGGUGUAUAUUCCUCAACACAACGGCAAACCCUGAAGAAGGCUGGGCCAGUACACAGCCCGUCAGUCCCGAGUCCUCGGACUCAGACCUGUUCGAGACGUCGGAAUCCUGCUUUCCCCAUACCCUGGCCGCGAUCGGGAACAACGUCGUCGAUAUGUCAAGGAUUCACUAUCAAAUUGAUAGGAUGAAGCGCAUAACCAAAAACCUCGUCCACUAGCCGAUUAACUAUCAGGAAAAGGCCAAUGAAACGUUGAUCUCCUUCGUUUCUGAUGACUCAAUUGUCGACGGAGAUAUCAAUUAAAACAAUCCAGAAAAAAAUAACUGCAUUCUAUCUUUAAAUAAUAGACUUGUUAAAAAAAA